AUGCGGUGUGGGCUUACCCCAAAGGAGAAUUCAGAUUUGAUGUCCGACGGUCUGUCGGUACCCUCAAUAAAGUCGCGUAUUGCCCAAGCUACAUGCCUCAACAGCGAGAUGAAUGGACUACGCCCUCUUGAAAAUGGCAUCAACGGGCAUCAGGAGAUGGCAAAUGUCAAUGUCAAGGCACUCAAGGAGCAGCAUGUCAACAGCCUGGUGAGUUAG